AAGAAAAAGAACAAGCUUACACCUCUCGGCAGAGCGCAUCAGUUGCUUUUUGUAAGGUUAAAAAAUUAAUUUUUGUGCGUGAUUUUUCUUAAACAGCCGUCAACUAUAUUCGGCUGUAACAAUUGCCACAUUCGGUACCCGGUACGCCUGGAAAAACGAAGAAAAGAUUUCUCCAUAAUUAAUUGAAUCACAUUAAAAAAAUACGCAGAAGACGGAUUUAAAGACAACAAUGAGCGGUAAACGAGCCUCGUCCAAGAACGAACAACCAAUCGACGAUGGAGCCGAAUUCUCCGUUGAAAAAAUUCUCGACAGAAGAGUUGUGAAUGGCAAGGUUGAAUACUACCUUAAAUGGAAAGGGUACUCGGCAGAAGAGAACACUUGGGAACCCGAGGAAAAUCUUGACUGUCCUGAUUUGAUCCAAGCGUUUGAAGAUGCUAGAAAGAAAAAAGAAAAAGAUGGUAAGUUACAAUCAUCAACUGCAAGUAAACACAGUGCUGAGAGUGUCACACUCACAGGCAAAGAAGAAAGCUCGGGUCGAAAGGUUGGUCGCAAGUCAGCAGCAUCGGAUGAUUCCAAGGUUGCUGCGGCCAAAAGAAAGUCAACUACCGGAGAAGAUAAAAAGAUCGGUUUCGACCGAGGUCUCGAACCAGAGGAAAUUCUAGGUGCCACUGACCACAAUGGACAGUUAAUGUUUCUGAUGAAAUGGAAAGAUGCAGCUAAUGCGGAUCUUGUACCGGCUAAACAAGCCAACAUCAAAUGUCCACAAAUCGUCAUCAAAUUCUACGAAUCCCGUCUAACAUGGCAAACCUCUGAGAAGAAAAACGAUUCUAAGGAUGAUUACGCCUAAAGGAGUAACUGAUAGUAUAAAACACACAGCUUAAUUAUAAGAGUAUGACUAUGUGAAUCUAUUUUUAAGUACCAGCUUUCUCUUUCCUUUUUACAUCAAGUGAAAAGAUUGACAAACCAGGUUGCUCUCGCAUCCGAAUGAAACAAAUAACACAUAUUCCCGGCGUGUAGGUCUUGAAGCUCUUUUAUUUUUUUGUUUGAUCAAAUUAACAUUAAUCAAAUUGUCCAAAUGAAAUCAGUUUCUUAAUAAUUCCCAUACCAAAAUACAAGCAGUAUAUGCAGUGGAUCACAAAAAUUGUAUAAACAAUUUGUGUAAUUACUCUUUUGUUCGGAAAAAAAUCGAGUUUGCAAAAAUGGCAUGAAAGACAAAAUUAGAUAGGAUAUGAAAGACUUCAUAUACUGUCUAUGCUAGAACGAAUGUGCAAAGCUACACAGUUUGGAAGCUGUUUUUUGAGCGUGUGUGAUGUGGUUCCAUUGUAUAUUAUUCACUGCUAUUAUGCCGGUCAAGAGAUUUUCUAUUUUUUUAAUAUAAUUCAAUGCACCUCUUUCCGAAAGUGAAGCGCCUUCUGUUUGCAAAAAAUAUUCGUUCCCCGAGACUUGUUUUUCCUUACAAUGAAAACAUCUGAACUAUGUGUAAGAAAGUGAAAAUUUAAAUAUUAGUAAUCAAUAAAGUAAGAAAACUAAAUCAA